UGAAGUGGAAUGGGCCCAACGUUCUCUGUCUGAGGUGGGCCCAAAGAUUCUUGCACACAUCAACCCUGGUUAUCACACAGUAUAUACGAACCGAGUGUGUAUUCAGGCUCGAAAUCAAACAGAAGCUUAGCCCGGAGAGAAGGGCGUAGAGAGAGAAGACCUAAUCCUGAUUGAAGGUCAGAAUCAUUUGUUUCCCCCAUUUAAUAUGGAAUUCAUGCCUUGGAACUGAAAUUGGGGAACAUCUAAUUCGUAUUGUGGACUGAUAUUGUCUUCAAUUUCAGUUAUAGGGUCCAACAAUGGAAGGCGAAAGAUUAGAUCUUAGGAAAUGUUCUCCUGAGGAGUUAAAAGAUUUAACUGAUAAUUUUAGCGAAGCAAACCUGAUUGGGGAAACCCAAUUUGGCAGAGUGUUCCGAGGUAAGACUCAGCAAGGUCAGGAUGUGACGGUGAAGAUCUGGGAAGAGGGAGGAUUACUUUAUGUUGGCAAGAAUGAAAAUCGUUCCCAAUUGAUGGCAGAAUGUACUUUUCUAAAAGAGCCGAGUGUCAACCAUCAUCCAAACUUGGCCAAGUUGAUGGGAUACUGCUGUGAAGAUGGUCUUUUGGGUGUUGUUUAUGAUCUUAAUCCUUUGGAUACAUUGCGUAAUCUCAUAGUUAAAGAUAGUUUUUCCUGGCUCCAAAGAAUCAAAGUGGCAAUUGGAUUUGCACGCGUGCUUGAGCUUUUGCAUGGUCAAUCACCGGAAUACAUUGUUCGCAAUAUUGAUGCUGCACAUAUAAUGCUUGAUCAGGGUUACAAUCCAAUAGUAUUUGACUUCGGUAUGCUUACUGGUGGAGUUCUUGGUGAUAAGAGUAGUGCCCCGAACAGAUUAUUGCUUGGAUCUUUUGGUUAUAUUGAUCUGAGGAUUCCUGCUUCUGGUGUAUUUAUGCCAAGAACCGAUGUCUUUUCGUUUGGUACUUUACUUUUGGAACUCAUAUCCAAAAGAGUUCGUGCGAAGAAUAAUGAAAUUCGACUUCCCGUGCACAUGUUGCUAGAGAAAAAUGAACUUCCAUGUCCUGUGCACAUGUGGGCAGAGAAUGCAUACACACAGCAGAAACGGAAGAAAUCAAUCUUCAGCUUUGGCCCCUCAAAGAUUUCUCUUGUACGUGAAAGCCUUGAAAAAGAUUUCGGGUUCAAUCAGAGAGAUGGAUGUAAAAUUACCAAGCUAGCGAUGGGCUGUGUGCAAAAAGAGAUACACUGCCGGGGCAAAAAAGUGAGACCCCGCCCAACAAUGAAGGAAGUUGUUCAAAUUUUGGGGGAUCUAUAUGCUGUUCAUCAUCAUAAAGAUGUGGGUUUUUAAUCUGAUGUUUCUAGGUGCUCUGUACAGGUGGAAGAUUCAGUUUAUUAUUCUUCAAGCUAAUCUGAUUCUGGAAAACUCUGAUGAUCACUGUAACAAUACUUUACUUUGUUUUCAUCUAAUUUUACGUUCCUUGUAUUAUGUGCA